AUGAUUGUUUUAAAAUACUUUAGCACAGUAGAUGUAUUGAGACGGUUCAAUUUUGUCUCUAGAAAUGCUCAAACGGCUAUUGAUGCAACAAAGGUGAAUCCCUGUUGUGGAAUCGCGUCAAUCGAACUUGCGAUCACCCUCGGUACCACUCGAAUGCAACGGGUCGAAAUGAAAGUUUUUAAACAUCUCGACACAUUUAAAGUACAUUUUAGAGAACUCGAGCAUAUGGAUAAAGCGCAGUUGGAAAAGUACCCAAUGAUUGAAAUAUACAAAUACAUAAUGCGUGACAGACAAGAAGACUGUAAAGUUGCUUUUGAAAUCAAAGACAAAAUUUCAGUGAUUGGGAUAGACACGACUUAUGCAAUCAAUUUUGAACUUGUCAAGAUGCCGAUGCUGAGAGAGUUGACAUUACGAAUUGGAGACAACCCAAAUCAAGUGGUAUUGAAAGACGCAUUUGAUGCGAUACAAACGAACGUCUCACUGAGGAAAUGCGUCAUCAAAUUUCCUUCGACGAUGAUCCAAGAAAUCAUCGACAAGUGCGUCAGUCACCAAGAACGAAUUAAAUUCACAUUCAUUAUCACUAUAUUCGACGACGCACACGCAGAACAAGUCCAAGAACUCAUCAGAAGAUCAAAAACACCAAUAGGAAUCUGUGACACCUUACUCAAUGAGUUCCAGGAGUUUUUCUUGUUGAAGGAGAAAGUCGUUCUUGUCCCACACGUCAACAAGUACUUCAGAACUUCUAAGGCAAUGAGACUCGACUCAAGAAUCGCUGAACUUAGAAACCUCUAUUUACCAGUAAGAGAAGAGGAACUUUAA